UGUUUGGUAAGUCAGUGUUGAUUAACUAAACAAGCUCAGAGAAUCUUCCUUGACUUUCUCCGUGCCCAGGUGAGGAGGACCAUGUCGCUGUUUCCAUCACUCCCUCUCCUUUUCCUGAGUGUGGUGGCAGUAUCUUAUUCAGAAACUGGAACCUGUGAGGACAUCCAAAAGACCUGCCCUGUGAUUGCCUGUGGUUCUCCAGGCAUCAACGGCUUCCCAGGCAAAGAUGGGCGUGAUGGUGCCAAGGGAGAAAAGGGAGAACCAGGCCAAGGGCUCAGAGGCUUGCAGGGUCCUCCUGGAAAGGUGGGGCCUCCAGGACUCUCAGGGUCCCCUGGGUUACGAGGAGUAUCAGGUCCAAAAGGAGACCCUGGGACAUGUCCAGAUUGUAAUAGUAACCUGGAUGCUUCAGAAAGAAAGGCUCUGAGAUCAGAAUUGGAUCGUAUCAAAAAGUGGCUGACCUUCUCUCUGGGCAGAAAAGUAGGUAAUAAGAUCUUCUUGACCAAUGGUGACAAGCUGACUUUUAACGGAGUGAAGGCUCUAUGUGCCCAAUUCCAGGCCUCUGUGGCCACUCCCAGAAACGCUAAAGAAAACACGGCCAUCCAGAAUCUAGCCAAAGAAGAGACCUUCCUGGGCAUCACAGACGAGAGGACAGAAGGCCAGUUUAUGGAUCUGACGGGAAGAACGGUCACCUAUACUAACUGGAAUGAGGGUGAGCCAAAUAACGUUGGCUCUCAGGAACACUGCACAGUGCUCCUGAAAGAUGGCCGGUGGAAUGACAUUCCCUGUAUCAACUCAUUUUUGGCAGUCUGCGAGUUCCCUGCCUGAAGGAACAAGCCUCUCUGUACUGUAGCCCACAGGCCCACAAUGUGCCUGGGAAGAUCAAUUCUAUCAAUUUCCCCGUACCAAGUACUGAGUUGUUCCAUGGUGGGCAAUUAGGGAAAAUGGUGGGAUUAAAUGGUGGGAUUAAUGAAGGGAUUGAUUAAAUGGUGGGAUGUAAUACUGAGAAAUGGGAAGAACCUGAGAAUGGUGCAUGAGAGUUUCUGGUUUAGUCUCAAUUACUAAAAAUGAUCAUUAACAACAACAACAACAAUAAAAUAAUAGAAAAGUAGUAGUAUUAAUAAUAUGUCUUUUAUAUUUACUAUAAGCCAGACCCCACUUCUUAUACUUAUAUUAACAAUCUAAUUUAAUUAAACUGUAAUACUUUGGAUGGGAGGGUGUUAACUCACUAAGUUAUAAAAAUGUAAUUGGUUUAUUUUUUCAUUUGCUAUAAACACCUGUGCUCUGUCCAGCCUUUCUUUUUCUUUGGAUAAAAAGUUCCUUUAAUAAUACCACCCCAGCCUCAUUUCAUAGCUUUCCAGCUGGUCUAAGGUUUUAAAAGGAGGAAUGCAUUUUAUAGCUUUCUCUGUAUUUUCUUUUGAAUGAGUUGUUAAACAAUGUGGGGAAUAUAAACCUUAAAUGAACAGAUUAAUGAAUUCUGGAACAUGUACACACCCACAUACUCACCUCCUAGAUCAAGACAGAGGACAUUUCUAGCACCUGAGAAGCACCUUUAUAACAGCUCCUAGGUAAAUAGCAUUCUGACCUGGAUUACUAGGUGUUAAUGUCUGUUUAUGAGCUUCAUAUAGAAUCAUUCUGUAUAUGCUGUUUUAUGUUAAUUUUUUACUUAUAAUAAAGUCUGUGAGAUUUAUUCAUGUCAGUAUGUAUAGUAAAAA